GGUCUAUCCAACAAUCAAGUUUCAACUCUACUUUCUUCUUUUGUUAGUCGAAACCAAAGAAGAAAAAGCCAGGCUCCAUUUGCUCACUCUACUAAUUGUCGGCAACUGCAUUUUUCUUUAUUGUAUUUCGAAAAUUAAAAGCCAAAAUGGACUACGCCAGGCUUGGAAAACCCAAGCCUAAAGAUCUCUCACGCCGAGAAAUACUCCCAAAAUUUGAAGAAAAUGCCCCUUCAGGGCCUACUCACAAGUCCAAACAUAAAAUCUUACUCAUUUUCUCAGGCAUCCUUCUACUUGCCUGUGCAAUUUCCGCAACAGUCUUGGUCACUGCCCGAAGUAAAACGGGAGCUACAGUGCAUCAUAUAAAGCCGAGCCACGCAAUUUCACGAACAUGUAGCCGCACUCGUUUUCCAACACUCUGUUUAAACUCUUUGCAUGAAUUCCCCGGCGCAAUCUCCGCCUCCGACGCCGACCUCGUCCACAUUUCCGUCAAUGUGACACUCCAACGUUUUGGCAAGGCGUUUUACAUGGCUUCCGACAUUAACAACCUCGACAUGGACAAGCAUACCAGGUCAGCAUACGAGGAUUGUCUUGAGCUUUUAGAAGAUUCAGUGUAUCUCCUCGCCCGCUCCUUAACCUCCGUCUCCCCCGGCACCGGAAAAUCAGCGCCGGGAAACAGUCACGACGUGCAGACGUGGCUAAGCGCUGCACUCACUAACCAGGACACGUGUACGGAAGGCUUCGCCGAUGUUAGUGGAAACGUGAAGGAUCAAAUGGCGGCAAAACUGAAAGACUUGUCUCAGUUAGUGAGCAACUGCUUAGCCAUUUUUGCUACAGUGAACGGCAACGGUGAUUUCACCGGGGUUCCGAUACACAAUCGUCGGCGCAGAUUAAUGGAAUCAUAUGAUCAUCAGGGUACUGUUGUGUCGGGGAACAAUAAGGAUUUCCCUGAAUGGUUGUCUCGGAAGGACCGAAUGCUACUGGACGCGCCAGUGACGGCAGUUCAAGCAGAUAUGAUUGUGUCAAAAGACGGUAAUGGAACGUUUAAGACGAUAGCAGAGGCAAUUAAGAAGCUCCCUGAUUACGGUACUCGCAGGAUAAUAAUUUACGUCAAGGCAGGAAGGUAUGAAGAAGAUAUCCUGAAAGUAGGGAGGAAAAAGACGAACGUGAUGUUCAUAGGUGACGGUAAAGGCAAGACGAUUAUAUCAGGUGGCAAAAGUGUAUCGCAGAAUAUGACGACAUUCCAUACCGCGUCUUUUGCGGCAACUGGAGCUGGUUUCAUUGCAAGAGACAUUACAUUUGAGAACUGGGCUGGACCAGGCAAGCAUCAAGCAGUAGCUCUUCGUAUUGGCGCUGAUCAUGCUGUGAUCUAUCGCUGCAACAUCAUUGGAUACCAAGACACUCUCUAUGUGCAUUCCCAGCGCCAAUUCUAUCGUGAGUGUGAUAUCUAUGGGACGGUUGAUUUCAUCUUUGGUAAUGCAGCAGUGGUCAUCCAAAACUGUAGCAUUUAUGCUCGAAAGCCUAUGGACUUUCAAAAGAACACAAUCACUGCUCAAAACAGGAAAGAUCCCAAUCAAAACACUGGCAUUUCAAUCCACGCUUGCAGAAUCGUAGCUACAUCUGACCUCGAGGCAUCUAAAGGGAGCUUCCCCACAUAUCUAGGCCGACCGUGGAAGCUGUACUCGCGAACCGUUGUCAUGUUAUCUUACUUGGGUGAUCAUAUACAUCCGCACGGUUGGUUAGAGUGGAAUGCUACUUUCGCUCUUGAUACAUUGUAUUAUGGUGAGUAUAUGAAUUAUGGGCCGGGAGCAGCCGUGGGGCAACGGGUGAAAUGGCCGGGAUAUCGUGUGAUCAAUUCCACGGAAGAGGCCAGCAAGUUCACUGUAGCGCAAUUCAUUUUCGGAUCAUCAUGGUUGCCUUCAACUGGCGUGGCUUUCUUGGCAGGGUUGAGUACCUGAACUUAAUGGUAUAAUGAACAUACUCCAAGAUGGAGUUUUAUGUAUUGUGCAGUGGUAUAUGAAUAACAUAUAUUUGUCCCAUUAAUAGUAUUCCCAUAAUUAGGUCGCUAAAUUGAAUUUGCUCCAUUGUUUUUUAUCUGAAUGAAGAAAUACUCCAGAUUAUAGCUUUAAUUGUUGAGUAAGUCCAUGUAAUUUGUUCUUCUUUUCUGUCAUUAUUGGAUCAGAUAUACAAAGGUAUCCUUUCAAUGAGAAGGUGGAAAGCUUUCACAUUUGUGCAA